CAGGAGCGGGCAGGUUUGCAGCAUUUAUUGGCACCAGGACUGCCGGCUGGCUAUAGCGCUUCCAGGCUCCUGAGCUGUUUUUGGCUCGUCCACCUGUGCCUGGGGGGCUGCGAUGGAGCGCCUUCCUACCUCGGAUCCCGCGGCGGCGGCGCCCUCCUCGCUGCUGAAGGAAGGGCCCCUUAGUUCCCCCAAGCCCCUGAUGAAGAAGCAGGCGGUGAAGCGCCACUACCACAAGCACAACCUCCGGCACCGCUACGAGUUCCUCGAGACGCUGGGCAAAGGCACCUACGGCAAGGUGAAGAAGGCGCGGGAGCGAUCCGGCAAGCUGGUCGCUAUUAAGUCUAUCCGGAAAGACAAAAUAAAGGAUGAGCAGGAUCUUGUCCAUAUCCGGCGAGAGAUUGAAAUCAUGUCGUCCCUCAAUCACCCCCACAUCAUUUCUGUCCAUGAAGUAUUUGAAAACAGCAGCAAAAUAGUCAUUGUGAUGGAGUACGCCAGCAAGGGAGAUCUCUAUGAUUACAUCAGUGACCGGCAGAAGCUGACUGAGCAGGAGGCACGGCACUUCUUCAGGCAGGUGGUGUCUGCCAUCUACUACUGUCACAAGAAUGGAAUUGUUCACAGAGACUUGAAGCUAGAAAACAUCCUUCUAGAUGCUCAUGGAAACAUCAAGAUUGCAGACUUUGGCCUCUCCAAUGUCUUCCAGCAAGAUAAGUUUCUCCAGACCUUCUGUGGCAGCCCACUCUAUGCAUCCCCUGAGAUAGUCAAUGGGAGACCCUAUAAAGGACCUGAGGUUGACAGCUGGUCCCUUGGUGUGCUCCUCUAUAUACUGAUUCAUGGGGCAAUGCCUUUUGAUGGUCAAGAUUACAAGACUCUAGUAAAGCAGAUCACAAGUGGGGACUAUAGAGAGCCCACCAAGCUAUCAGAUGCCUGUGGCCUGAUCCGGUGGAUGCUGAUGGUGAACCCAGAGCGUCGAGCUACCAUUGAAGAUAUUGCCAGCCACUGGUGGGUGAACUGGGGCUACAAGGUGCCAGUCGGGGAGCAGGAAUCUCUGCGUGAGAAUGAAUCCCCAUUGGCCACAGUGGCAGAGUGGUUGCGCCGCUCCUCCAGGCCUCUCUUUGAAAAUGGCUCCAAGGUACGGUGCUUCUUCAAGCAACACAUCCCCGGAGUCACGCUAGAGAGGCAGCGUUCACUCAAGAAGUCGAAGAAGGAGAACGAUGUGUCUCACGCUCUGCAAGAGAUGGGCCCUGCUCCAGAUAACCCUUCAAAAUCUAUCCUGAAGAGACCCAAAGGCAUCUUGAAGAAAAAGAAUUCCUGUGAGAAGGUCCAGAUUCCUCCACCACCAAUGGCGGUUCCUGUUGACACAAGGAAGGAGGACUGUAUUGGAUCUCCUGUAGAUCUGGCUUGUGUUCUGUCAUCCAGGACUUUGGCCUAUAAAGAAGAGAAUGUUGCAUCCACCCCUGCAAUGCCUAAGAAAGGAAUCCUGAAGAAGCCCCAGAAGAGAGAAUCUGGGUAUUACUCAUCCCCAGAGCGUAGUGAAUCAGCAGAUGUCUUGGAUUCUGAAAACCUGGAGCUUGAUGCUAAUGUCUUUGCUAGCAAUCCCUCCCCUGCUCAGAGCCCCAUUGGACAUCGUGCCAAAAGGAAAGGCAUCUUGAAGCACAAUGGUAAAUACUCCUCCAGCAGCACUGAAUCUGACAGUGUUCCUGCCAAGGUCUACUCUACUUUUGUUGAGGUCAACUUGCCCAAGAUCUCCCUGGCCUCCCGUGUGCGCCCAUCCAGUGCUGUGAGUGAAGACAGCAUUCUUUCCACAGAGUCGUUUGACCAGCUUGAUUUGCCUGAUAGAAUGCCAGGGAGUGGAGGAGUCCCCAUGCGUGGAUCAGUCUCUGCAGAUGACCUCCUGCACCUGGAGGAGGCGGAGGAAGAGACAGGUCGCCGACUCCGCCGCUGGACAGUAACACGUUGCCAAAAUCCCCUUGCAGAUAGCUGCUUCUCUCUGGCGGACUGUGAUAAUGUCACUGAGGUCUACAAGCGGGCCGUGACUAUCAGUAUGAAACUGAGCUGAGGGACCCCUUGCCAAUAAGGCCACCAAGAGGCAGCUGCCAAUCAAUGCACACAUCUGCAGCAGUGUUUCACCGCUCUGACUCUGCUUGGAAGGAACAGCAUUGUCCAAAUGAUUUGCACUUCCCAUUGGGAUGGACAUGAGAACUUUUAACAGCUUUUGUUUCCCUGUAACAGAGCUGGAAGUGCAAGUGGCGAAGUAUUUAUUUGUUGCAUACUCUGGACUCUUCUUGGAAUGUAUGGGGAGAAUACCUUUAAAAAAAUAAUGGCUUAAAACAUGGUACAACAGGGUAAAGGUGUAUGUUUGGAGAGAGGAGGGGAAAGUAUGUGGAUGGAAGGUUGGCGGAUGUAGGAAUUGAGCAAAGCCAGUGAAGUCAGGCUGGAGAAGUUGGGGAGAAGUGGCGAGGUACCUGUAAGUUGCAGGGCAAUGGGUUAAUUGCCCCCCAAAUGGUUUGCCCAGCAUCACCAGCAAAAGAACAGUAAGUUGAAAGACUAAUUGGUGGGGCCCUGUAGCACUCUCUUGAACACCUUCAUCUCUCCAAACAGACCCUGAGGAUAAUCUCUUCAUCCUAGUGAGUGGGAUGGUUGUUGAUGGCUUUUUUUUUUUUUUUUUUUGCACUGUGCUGCUUUAAUUGCACAAUGAUGGCAGAGGGGUAAGAUGCCUCUGAAGUAGGAAGGUGACAUGGCAAGGUAAUAGGAAAGGAACAGCUCUUGGGCUGAAAAAACUGGAUUUCUGACUUGUUAGAAAGUAUCUGCACUACUGUACAAACCUAGAGGUCUAACAGCCCUGCUGUUCUUCCCCAAGCGGGGCAAGAACUUCCUAGUUGAAUUCUUAGCUCUCCCAUAAAAACAAAAGCUCCAGCUUUCUGUGGGAUAAGCCAGGGCAGUUAAACUAACUUAAGUCAGUUGUAUAGUGCAGAUGUUGUGGUGUUGAGAACUGGAUGCAAUAAUGGCAUACAGGCAUUGAAAAUCUCUUCCCCGCAAUCACCUCUGCUUUGGUUUAUUUUUUAGCAGACUGGAAGAAUAUUUUGCUUUUGGAUCGUAUGUACAUUUAACCUGUGUUAAAGCAAUUUAGUGAGAUGGCUGAAAGAAUACAUCUUGGUACAUCCACGCUUCUCUAUGCCACUCAGCAGAUAUUGUAGCUUGAUCCAGUUCUACCUAGGCUACAGCUAUGACUCUUGUAGAAGGAAACUUGUCCCAAGGCUACUGAGUUACAAAAGGUAUUGGUAUCUCCUAGAAUGUGGUUAGCUUGGGAAUGGAUUGUAGCCUAUGAGGGUCCUUGGAAAUCUAAUUGGGACUGGGCCAUGAGGCUGGGGUGGGUGGGUACAUGAGAUUGCCAAAUGAUGGAAGCCCUUUACUAGAAUUUGGGCCAUGAGGGAUGUUGGGCUUGAAGUAAUCGGCCCAACAGGCUUUAAAGAAGUAGACACUUGGUCCUGCCAAAAUAUGAUAAAUGAGUAUGACUUUUAAAAAAAAAUUCUGGAUGAUUUUGCCUGGAUGUCUGCUACUUGAAUAUUUUAAAAUACUGCCUUUCUGAGCAAUAUACUUGAUGAAAGUUUAAAAAAUGUGUUAAAGAUUGUAUCUUUUUUAUUUUUAUUUUUUAAAAAGGAACUUUGGAGGCUUCAUAAUGAGAAGUGAUCUGCAAAAUGUUUAGAUAUGGUUAACACUUUGGAUUCUAAAUAGCUGUUGCACUGUCUUGCCAUGUCUUCUCUGGUUGCCCCUCCAGGCUCUGUUAUGCUUCUUCUCAUCCAGAGAAGUUACAUUUAAAUGUAAAAGCAAAAGUGAGAUCUGAAAAUUUUUGCCUGUGUGCAGCUCUACAUCUCUCAGACUGCAACAAUGGUCAUGCAGAAAUAAUAAAGUCACAAAUAAAAAAGAUCUGAGUGUUUGAACUGUCA